AUGAAUCAUAUAUAUAGGCAUAAUAACUUUUCUUGUGAAGAAAAUAAUACUGAAGAAUUAAUUCCCAGUAAAAAUAUGAUAAAUGGAUUUAUAAAAAUCAAACCUAAAAAUAAAAGAAAUAAUAAUACUUAUGAAAAUGUAAGAUCAAAAAGUUUAAACAUAAAUAGAAGAGAAUGUAGAAAUUAUAAUAGAAAUUAUACAACUAAUAAUAUUGAAAACCCUGAAUCAUUAUGCCGUGAAUAUGCAAAUGAAAUUUUGAAAAUCGAUGAAUAUAUACAAUAUCCUUAUAGUGUAAAUAACAAUUAUGAUAAAAAAAAAUGGAAAGAAGCGCAUACAUUAAGAAAUAGAAUGAAAGAAUAUGAUAUAAUAACGAGAAAAAAAUUAUUUGAAAAUAAUAUUAUUAAUAAAAAAGCAAAAUUUGAUAGAGAAAGAUUUAUCAUUUUAAAUAGAAUUCCCUUAUUCAGAGAAGCAUUUCCUGUAGCAAAAGAUACAUCAGAUAAAAAUAAAGAAGCUAUAAUUUGUACCUACUUAAAAACACAUGCUUCUUACUUACUUUCAGAAAGUAAAAAAAACAAAAAGAAUUUCAGAAAAAAAAAAAAAAUUAAUAAUUCACUUAACUAUUUUGAAGAAAGAAACAAUCCUUUUAAUUAUAAAUCAGGAUAUUAUAAACAAAAUAAUAAUAAAAUUUCAGAAAAUUAUAGAAAGGGAGAUUUAUCUUAUAACCUACAAAAAAAAAAAAAAAAUGAAAAAAUAAGAAAUAGAAAUAAGACACCAUUUACAAAUAGAAAUUUAAACAACUGUGAAAUUAUAAUAAAUGGUGUAUAUAAUAAAGUAAAUAAGGAAAAUGAAAGAAAUAAUAUUACUAGAACUAACUCUAGACAAUUUUCUAAUAAUCAUAGAACAAAUAAUAAGAUACUUCUGAACAUCAAAAAUGUUCCUAAAAACUUUUUUAAUGAUAAUGAUAAAAGGGAAGAGUCUUAUGAUUGGAAUUCAAAUAUAACAAAAAUAAAUAUGUGUAAUUCUAAUAACUUUAGAAAUACAAAUACUUAUGAUUAUUCAAAUGAAUGUAAAAAUACAAACAUUAAUGACAACUCAGAUAGAAAUACAUAUGAUUACAUAAGCUCGCGUGACCAAUUUUCUAAUCAGUCUAAUUAUGCUGAUGAAUAUUUAACUAACUUAUCAAAUAAUUCAAAAGAUUUAUAUAUAAAAAAUAAUAUAAAAAAUGAAAAAACUGUUUUUAAAAAAGAUAGAUAUUCUUUAUUAGGUAAAAUUAAAAAUAAUAAAGAUGUAAAAGUUAAACUAGUUUUAAAUAAAGUAUGA